AUGGAGCAAGUGACGGAGAAGCUGGACAAGGUCAAGGAAGGUGUCAAGGAGACGCUAUUAGGCUCCGAAGUUGAUGCUGAAGUCGGCGAGGCAUCUGCCCAGUACCGGAAUCUUUUUAUGCAGUUUGCAAAGAAAACCGACGAUGAAGACGGAGAGUAUUACAUGACUGCAAAAGAGUUUGUGGACGCCAUUGCACCCGCAGGAGAAGAUUAUCACAAGAUCACACGCGACCAAUAUGAGGUCCUCUUUCACAUUGCCGAUCGCCGGCAACAAAACCGCAUCACCUUGCAAGACUGGUAUGUCUUCAACAACCUCCUCACCCGACCGAGCGCCGAGUACGAAAUGGCCUUUCGGUUAUUCGCCGAUGACAGCACUGGCUUAGUCGACUACAACACAUUCAAAGAGGUGUAUGCGCGGGCGCAGACGUCCAAAUCAAUCCCGUUCAACUGGGACAGCGAUUGGGCUAAGCUAUACCUUGGUGGAAAGAAGAACAGACACUCCUUGACAUACCCGCAAUUCUCACAAAUGUUGCGUGGACUGCAAGGAGAGCGCAUCCGCCAGGCUUUUCUGCACUUCGACACAAACGGCGAUGGAUACAUCGAGCCAGAAGAAUUCCAGCAGAUCAUUGUUGAAAUUGCGGGCCACAAACUCUCAGACCACCUGCUCGAAAACCUACCCACCCUGUGCAACAUCAGCCCCGGCUCACGGAUCUCGUAUGCGAAUGUUAGAGCCUUCCAGAACAUAAUUCGUGAGAUGGACCUGGUGGAGUUGAUCGUGCGCAAUGCGGUCAAGAAGUCUGCCGAUGGAAAAAUCACGCGGAUUGACUUUCUCAACGAGGCUGCGCGCAGCACGCGGUUCUCACAGUUUACCCCAAUGGAGACGGACAUCCUUUUCCACUUUGCCUCGCUCGACCAGCCUUCUGGCCGUCUCGGUUUGACCGACUUCUCUCGCGUGCUCGACGCAAGCUGGACCGCCUACUCUCAACUCAACAACUCCACCGCGCCGAUCGGAGACGCGGCCCUCAAGGCGGUUGCCGCAUCCGGCUCCUUCCUCAGCGAUGUCCUCGUCUCAGCACACCACUUUGCUCUAGGUGCUGUGGCCGGUGCCUUUGGCGCUUUCAUGGUCUACCCGAUCGAUUUGGUAAAGACUCGCAUGCAAAACCAGCGAUCAUCGGCCGUCGGUCAACUCCUCUAUAAGAACAGCGUGGACUGCUUUUCGAAGAUUAUCAAGCAGGAGGGUUUCACUGGUCUUUACGCCGGUGUCCUGCCCCAAUUGAUCGGUGUAGCUCCGGAGAAGGCCAUCAAGCUGACCGUCAACGACAUUGUUCGAGGUAAAUUCAUCAACACAAAGACUGGCGAGAUUCCCCUGUGGGCAGAGAUCCUCGCUGGUGGAUCUGCUGGUGGUUGCCAGGUCAUCUUCACCAACCCGCUCGAAAUCGUCAAGAUUCGUCUACAGGUUCAGGGCGAGGCCAUCCGUGCCGCGGCCCGCGAAGGCGAACAGAUUAAGAAGCGUUCCGCCCUGUGGAUUGUGCGCCACCUCGGUCUCAAGGGUCUCUACAAGGGCGCCAGCGCAUGUCUGCUCCGCGACGUGCCUUUCUCCGCCAUUUACUUCCCCACUUACAGCCAUUUGAAGCGCGACUUCUUUGGCGAAUCUCCCACCAAGAAACUCGGCGUUCUGCAAUUGCUCACUGCCGGUGCCAUCGCCGGUAUGCCCGCUGCGUACCUCACCACCCCCUGUGAUGUCAUCAAGACCCGUCUCCAGGUCGAGGCGCGCAAGGGCGACUCUUCCUACUCCGGCCUACGGGAUUGCGCGCGCAAAAUCAUGCGCGAAGAGGGUCCCAAGGCCUUCUUCAAGGGCGGUAUUGCACGUAUCAUGCGAAGCUCACCUCAGUUUGGUUUCACCCUCGCCGGUUACGAAGUCCUCCAGACUCUGCUCCCGCUGCACGGACAUGACGAUCACGCCGCCGCACCGUCGGUCGUCGGCGGAGGCUCGACAUUGUCCGAGGUCAACGCUCCGCUGCCCUACCUCCGCUGCCGAAACGCGCUCAAGCUGAUCAACGAUCUGGACCUCGGAUUCGGCAAGAUCAAGGCGCAGAACAGUGAGCAGAGCAAGUCAUGGUUGGGAGCGCUACGGAAUUGA